CGGGGGAUGGAUCCUCCCGAUGGAUGCUGCGGGCGAGCCGCGCUCCGGAGCGCUCUCGGGGCGGCGCCAGCGCCCCAGGAAUUUCUAGGGGUGGAGUUAGUGCUUGAGGCCGCAUAAAAGCGUGCAGGAUUUCCAGCUGCCUCAGACUGCACUCAGCAUGAACUGCAGCCUGCCACACCGAGUGCUGCUCGGCUCUCUGAUGGAGGGACAGCGGGACAGGUUGUGCCUGCAGUCUCUUUGGGACUUUGUCACCGCUCAGGAGCCAUUGAUCAAGUCACCGUUUUUUCCAGUGCUGUUUUCUUUUACAGCAUACAUGGCUUUCUGUCUUCCAUAUAUUGCACUGGACUUUUUAAGCAUUAGACUACCAGACUUGAGAAAAUACAAAAUCCAGCCACAGAACUACCCAGGUCUUGGAAUGAUGGUGCCUUGCAUUAUUCAAAGUGUGUAUCACCACGUGGUUUUGAUCUUCCCGGUGACGUUUCUGCACUGGUACUGGAGACCCAUGAAUCUACCAGUGACAGCUCCAGAGCUGCCUGAAGUCCUGCUGCAAGUAGCAGUUUGUCUGCUGCUGUUUGAUUUUGAGUACUUCCUGUGGCAUUUGCUUCAUCACAAGGUGCCUUGGCUCUACAAGACCUUCCACAAGGUGCAUCACAAGCACGUGUCGACGUUCGCCCUUACUACGCAGUAUUCCAGCGUGUGGGAGUUGCUCUCACUGGGAUUUUUUGCUGCUAUAAACCCGCUGCUCCUCGGAUGCCAUCCUUUGACAGAAAUGAUUUUCUUCCUCGUGAACAUUGGUUUGUCGGUGGAGGACCAUUCUGGGUAUGACCUCCCCUGGUCAACUCACCGGCUCGUGCCUUUUGGAUUGUACGGAGGAGCUCCGCAUCAUGAUCUCCACCACCUGAAAUUCAAAUCGAACUAUGCUCCUUACUUCACACACUGGGACAAACUCUUCGGGACAUUCACAGAGUCACGUUCUAAUUAAGAAUAUUUACCUGUGGAUGAACUCUUAUUUUUUUUUAGACUAAACCGGGACAUUAUUUUUUUAAAGACAUACAGAAGAUUGUAUAUUUGAAGCUGCCUAUAAAAGUAAUAGCUAUUUAUAACAAAUCCUCUUAAUAUAUGUGUAUUUGUGUGUGUACUUGGAACUGUCUUUGUUAAGGGACUGCAAAUGGGAAAGUGAAUAUCUGUUGCUUGAAUUUGAGUCAAAGGUUUAAGGGAAGCAUUAGGAGACAUUCUCUCUCCUUUCCUUCUUUCCAGCUUUCAUAAAGCAUGUAUCAUGUUGCUGUAUGAUGUUUUAUACAUACGCCAGAACAUUAUCUUACUAUUGUAGGAUGAUUUAUGAUGUAAACAGAAAAGAUAUGCAUCACGGAUUUUGUGGAGUUUAAUCUGCCAGAGAAAAUUAUUGCACAAUGAUUUUGCAAAAUAUUGCUGCCAAGUCAGGGUGGGUGGUUAACUGUUAAAUGAUUUUGUUAUUUAUAUUUUUUACCUUGAUGUACUGUCUCUUUUUAAUAGAGAAUAAAUAAGUUCAUUCUUUUAA